CUAUUUGUUUUGACAUGUCUCACUUCUUUAUCUACAUCUUAAAAUUCCCACUUAUGGCCCAUACCCCAUAGUGGUAAAGUUGGUCCCCAUCUAUGGCAUCUUGCAAAGUGACAUUGCUUUAGAAUCCUUGUAUGGUUAUUUGUAAAAUUGUGGUCUCAGAUCUUAGUUGCUCAGUGGAGUCUAGAAAAUUUGACAGAUUUUAUUUGCACUUUGGAGCCUAGGAAAUUUGAAAGAAUUAAUACCUUUUACCUUUUUUUCAAUGCUCAACGUUCUCAUUCAUUUUUUCUUUACAUCUUAUGAAGCUGCUAAAGUUCUCAUUUGUGCUUCAACUAUAAGUGUUUUCAAAAGUGAAUAUGGUCUAAAUUGUAAAGAUAUAAAGUAGAAAAGAAUUCAGUUAUCUGAUUCACAGGGUCUAAAUUGUAAAGAUAUGAAGCAUAAAAGAAUUGUCAGUUAUCUGACUCUGAACUAUUGAGUCUAUAUUAUUUAUGCAUAUUCAGUGGCUUUUCAGUUGCCAAGCCAAUAUGGAUUAGUUGGUUGCUGAAGACAGGAAUCUUUUAUUAAAAACAAAAGUUUUCAUGAACAAGUUUACCGAAAUUAUAUCUUAUGGCUUAGGGAUUAGCUUUCCACAUUCUGUGAUGAGAAUGAAGCCUUGUCAGCGAUCUCAAGUAGAUCUGAAAGCUUCCACAUUGCCAUAGUGGAGGUGAGUUCAAGCAGUAAUCAGGGAGGUUUCAAAUUUCUUGAGAAUGCCAAGGACUUGCCAACCAUUAUGACUUCAAACAAUCAUUGCUUGAACACCAUGAUGAAGUGCAUAGCGCUUGGUGCAGUUGAGUUCCUCAGCAAGCCACUCUCUGAGGAUAAGCUCAGAAAUAUCUGGCAGCAUGUGGUUCACAAGGCAUUCAGCGCUGGGGCAAGCGUACUGUGUGAAUCACUUAAACCAGUCAAGGAAUCUGUUGUGUCCAUGUUGCAGCUCAAAACAGACAAUGAACAACAUGAAAGUGGAGUAUCCAUUGAUAUAGAGAAAGUAUACAGGUUUACUGAUAAUGAUCAUGAGCAGUCUCCUGGAAAUGAUAAAUAUCCAGCUCCUUCAACCCCACAAUUAAGGCAAGGAACAAGAUUGUUGGACGAUGGUGAUUGCCAAGAGCAGACUAAUUGCUCAACAGAGAAAGAAAGUGGGGAAAAUGAUGGAGAAUCUAAAUCUGUCGAAACUACAUGUGGAAAUUUGGAGAGCAAUGAACAAUUUAGGCAAGGGACAAGAUUGUUGGAAGAUGGUGAUUGCCAAGAGCAGAUUAAUUGCUCAGCAGAGAAAGAAUGUGGGGAACAUGAUGGAGAAUCUAAAUCUGUCGAAACUACAUGUGGUAAUUUGAAUGCUGAAACUGAAAGUACUCCUCAGCAAAGGAAUUCUGAAACUACUUUGGCUAAGGAGGAAGUGGAUUUAGUUGAUGCUACCAAGGGUGAGACUGUUGCUUCUCUGCAUGCACAAAAAAGAAAAGUUCUAAGCAACACUGAUAGAAAUAUCAAAUCUCCAAAUAAAGCAGGUGUUCAUAGUGAUGCAUGUGAGAUCAGAACAAAUCGGAAAAAGAUGAAAGUAGACUGGACGCCUGAACUGCACAAAAAAUUUGUGAAGGCAGUGGAGCAACUAGGCAUUGAUCAAGCCAUUCCUUCUAGAAUAUUGGAGUUAAUGAAAGUGGAGGGCUUGACAAGGCAUAAUGUGGCAAGCCAUCUUCAGAAGUAUAGAAUGCAUAAGAGACAAAUCUUGCCCAAGGAAGAAGAUAGGAAAUGGUUGAAUCCAAGAGAAAAGAGCUAUUGUGUUCAAAGACCAAUUAUGGCAUUUCCUCCAUAUCAUUCAAAUCACACCCUUCCUUUGGCUCCUGUAUAUCCUAUGUGGGGACAAUCUGGAAAUCAAACGGCUGGCAUGCAGAUCUGGGGCUCUCCUGGUUAUCCCAUGUGGCAGCCUACUGCUGAAAGUUGGCACUGGAAACCAUUUCCAGGGGUGCAUGCAGAUGCAUGGGGCUGCCCAGUGUUACCAGUACCACCUCCUCAAGCUCCUUGUUUUCCCUACUCUCAGAAUAUGCCUGCGUUGCUCAAUGCUGAUAUGGUGAAUCAUACGUUUAGCAUGUCACAAAGUUCCUUUGAGCAUCAUCCGGCAGAGGAGGUGGUUGACAAGGUUGUGAAAGAGGCAAUAAGCAAGCCAUGGCUACCCUUGCCCUUGGGACUCAAACCUCCAUCCACAGAUAGUGUGUUGGUUGAGCUUUCAAGGCAAGGCAUUUGCAGCAUCCCUCCUAAGGGUUCAAACUCUGGCUGACACCAAAGAAAGAGCGGUUCUGAUGGUGACCAACUACCAGGGUCCACCACACCCUGUUGAAAUAAUUUUUGUGUUUCUCAAAUGUAUGAGGUUUCAACUAGUAGUUUGGUGGGAAUAGGAGUUGGGACCAUUUGUUUUGCCUUAGUUGGUCCCAAUACCCCCACAACCAAUUUAAGUUCUCUCCUAUGCUGUUUUUACAAUACCAUGAUGCAACAAACCAAGUAGACAUUGUUCCUAUCCGAAGCUUCAUGCCAAAAAUAAAUGAAGAGAAAAGUCAGGUGCUUUAAUGCUGUGCAGGACACCCGUUAGGUUGAGAAAUGGCCACGCAUCGUUUGACACAAUUUUGUGGUUGUAAAUACAUGCAAACUUGUGACGGGGUUAUUGUUGUAAAUGUGGUGAUUUUUGGGGGGCAUAAAGUAAUAACAAUGGUCCAUAACAGUAAUUUUUGGGGGGGGCCUCUUUUUGUGUUGUUGGGUGUGGGGUACCUAAUAAUAAUUCAGAGGAUAGGAUGCACGUUGUGAAUAAUAAAGAUGAGUACACCACUUUGACGGAUGCUGACUCUCUACAUCAAUUUGUUCCCAUGUUUGCCUAAAUUUAGAAUUGACUUGUUUCAAA